AAACCUACAAUUGUGAAAAUGUGACUACAUUCAAAUGUAUGUACAGGCUUGAAUGUUUUACACGACAGAGCCGUUUAAAUGUGUGUAUCCGUAAAUGUCAGCUUAUCAUCCCGGACGUGCAGGUCAUAACGUAGGUUUUUUCAUCUCGGAUCAACAAUGGCCUUCAGCAAGGGUUAUCGCAUUUACCACAAGCUGGACCCACCACCCUACAGUGUCAUUGUGGAAACUAGGACCAGAGAAGAAUGCCUCAUGUUUGAGUCGGGGGCUGUUGCUGUUCUGUCGGCGGCAGAAAAGGAUGCCAUUAAAAACACAUACUCCAAGAUUGUUGAUGCCUAUGGCAUCCUGGGUGUCCUCCGCCUAAACCUGGGUGACUCCAUGCUCCACAGUCUUGUGGUUGUGACAGGAUGCAGCUCUGUGGGGAAAGUGCAGGAUUCUGAGGUUUUCAGGGUCACACAGACAGACUUUAUAUCGCUGAAGAAUGAUCCAGGAGAUGAGGACCGGAUUUCUGAAGUACGAAAGAUCCUGAACUCAGGACACUUCUACUUUGCCUGGUCUGCCACUGGAGUCGGCAUGGACUUGAGUCUCAAUGCACAUCGCAGGAUUCUAGAGGACACUACAGAUAACCGCUUCUUUUGGAACCAAUCCCUGCACCUACACCUGAAACACUACGGAGUAAACUGUGAUGACUGGCUGUUCAGGCUGAUGUGUGGCGGUGUGGAGAUCAGGACCAUCUAUGCAGGACACAAACAGGCAAAGGCCUGCAUCUUCUCUCGCCUCAGCUCAGAGCGAGCCGGCACGCGAUUCAACGUCCGAGGAACAAAUGAUGACGGACAGGUGGCCAACUUUGUGGAGACUGAACAGGUUAUUUUCCUGGAUGACAGAGUUUCAUCCUUCAUACAGAUCCGUGGGUCCAUUCCUCUUUUCUGGGAGCAGCCAGGAAUACAGGUCGGCUCUCACCGCGUCAAACUGUCAAGGGGAUUUGAGGCAAACGCACCAGCAUUCGAAAGACACUUCACAGCGCUGCGGAGGUUGUACGGUAAACAGGUGAUCAUCAACCUGCUUGGGAGUAAGGAAGGGGAACACAUGCUCAGCAAAGCUUUUCAGAGUCACUUGAAGGCAUCAGAGCAUGCAACAGCGGUAAAAAUGGUGAACUUUGACUACCAUCAAAAUGUAAAGGGGGGCAAGGCCGACAAACUCCACAGCGUCCUCAAACCCUACCUCAGCAAGUUCAUAGAAGAGUGUGGUUUCUUCUACUACUCGGGAGAGACGGGCAUCACAAGGACUCAGGGUGGGACCAUAAGGACCAACUGCCUGGACUGUCUGGACAGAACCAACAGUGUUCAGGCUUUCUUUGCCCUCGAGAUGUUGCCAAAGCAGCUGGAGGAAAUGAGUCUGACAGAGAAACCCCAGCUUGUGGCCAGGUUUCAGGAGGUUUUUAGGACCAUGUGGUCUGCUAACGGAGACUCCGUCAGUAAGAUCUAUGCCGGCACCGGUGCCCUGGAUGGCAAGGCCAAGGCGGGGAAGCUAAAAGAUGGCGCUCGGUCUGUGACAAGGACCAUCCAGAACAACUUCUUUGACAGUUCAAAGCAAGAGGCUAUAGACAUCCUGAGGCUGGGCUCCACACUCAACAGUGAUUUGGCAGACAAAGCUCGGGCCUUGCUCACCACUUCCAGUCUUUACGUCACUGAGCCCGUCUUACAAUCAGCAUCCCCAAGAGUAUUGCUGGGAAUGUGUCAGAACUUCCCUAAAUACACAAAGCCCAAGCAGAUCAGGGUGUGUGUCGGCACCUGGAAUGUCAAUGGGGGUAAACAGUUUCGCAGCAUUGCUUUCCGCAACCAGACACUCAACGACUGGCUGUUGGAUGCUCCGAAGAAGGCCGGCCAUCCUGAGUUUCAGGACACCAAAGCCAACCCCAUAGAUAUCUUUGCCAUUGGUUUUGAAGAAAUGGUUGAACUGAACGCUGGGAACAUUGUCAGUGCGAGCACUACAAACCAGAAACUGUGGGCAGCUGAGCUACAAAAAAACAUAUCGCGGGACCACAAGUAUGUGCUGCUUGCUUCAGAGCAGCUGGUGGGAGUGUGUCUCUUUGUCUUCAUCCGCCCACAGCACGCACCCUUCAUCAGGGAUGUUGCUGUAGAUACUGUUAAAACUGGAAUGGGCGGGGCGACAGGCAAUAAAGGAGGCGUGGCCAUCCGCCUGCUGUUCCACACCACCAGCAUCUGCUUCGUCUGCUCCCACUUUGCUGCUGGCCAGUCACAGGUCAAGGAGAGAAACGAUGACUACAAUGAGAUCACACGCCGACUCAGCUUCCCCAUGGGUCGUCUGCUAUACUCGCAUGACUACGUAUUCUGGUGUGGAGACUUUAAUUAUCGAAUCAGCCUGCCCAAUGAGGAAGUGAAAGAGCUAAUCAAACAGCAGAACUGGGAUGCGUUGACAGCUGGGGACCAGUUGGUGGACCAGAAGAAUGCUGGUUUGAUUUUCCGUGGUUUUAUUGAAGGGAAGUUAGAUUUUGCCCCCACCUACAAGUACGACCUCUUCUCAGAAGAUUACGAUACCAGCGAGAAGUGCCGUACACCUGCCUGGACUGACCGCAUACUCUGGAAGAGGAGGAAGUGGAACUUUCACAAAACAGCUGAGGAGAUGAAUGUAGUUGGGGCAGCUUCUACUUCUGGGGAGAGCGAGGAUGAUCCAGACAGCCCCUGGAACCCUGGGACUCUGAAGUACUAUGGCAGGGCUGAGCUUAAGACCUCAGACCACAGGCCAGUGGUGUCGAUAAUAGACGUGGACAUCCUGGAGGUUGACCCAGAGGCACGGCACCAGGUCUACAAAGACGUGAUCGCCCUGCAGGGGCCUCCAGACGGUACCAUCCUGGUGUCUCUGUGCUCCUCCGGCCCCGACGACUACUUUGACGAUCCACUCAUCGACGAGCUGCUGGACAAGUUUGCUAAUUUUGGAGAGGUCAUCCUGAUCAGGUUUGUUGAGGAGAAGAUGUGGGUGACUUUCCUGGAAGGUUACUCUGCCCUUGCUGCUCUUUCUCUCAGCGCUUCCACUGUCCUUGGCAAAAUGAUUGACAUCCGUCUGAAGAGUCCUGGCUGGAUUAAGAGUCUAGAGGAGGAGAUGAGUGUGGAGAGGAUCUGUGGAAGCAUCCCCACCUCGGCCAGCUCCACCCUGCUUGCUGAGGACACAGACAUGGGCGAUGAUGAUUACGAUAUGGAAGGUGAUGUGGACGAGGAGGUGGAGGAAAUCCUUCCCCAGCACCUUCAGCCAGGAGCAGGCUCUGGCCCUGGAUCCUCCCCUCUCCCUUCCCCUCGCAGUAGUCCCUGUCCCUCCCCCACCCACGGAGAGCCUACCGCUCCUAGCAGGCCUAGUCGUGGAGCACAACCCUGCCGGCCUUCUCACGGUCCUCCUGUUGACUUCCAGCCUGGUGCCCCCACAUCUCUGGAGCCCAAACGCCCUCCUCCCCCUCGUCCCAACGCCCCCCCAGCCAGACCAGCGCCCCCUCAACGCCCACCACCACCUUCAGGAGGCAUGAGCCCUCUGCCAGUUAGAAAGAACUCUGGAGGACCAAAAAGCCCUGCUCUUGCUCGGUCAGAUGCUGCUACAGCUCGGGGUCAGGUAGCAGUCGGAGCUCCUGGACCUGGAGGUGCCCCAAGACCAAAUAUCCCUCCUCGAGCUGGGGUAAUCAGUAUAACCCCUCAGUCUCGCCCACCUCCCUCUCACCCUGGAGCACCCAGACCCAUCCCAGAGGUGCAUCCCGGGGCCCCUCGGCCCAUCCCAGACACCCACCCUGGAGCCCCACGACCUGUGCCCAGUGCCCCAGUAAAACCGUCUGACCUGCCUUUGGGUCCUCCUCCUAUGGAGCCCCCUGCAGCGAGACCCCAGGUUCCAUCACCCAUGCAGGCACCCAUGCAGCCCCAACCAGCGGCCCCUCCAGCUCAGACCCAGCUCCCACCACCGAUGCAGCCCUCACUUCCAGCUCCAAUGCAGCCACAGCAAGCUCCUAAAUCAGGGUCCCCUGCUGCAGCUCCCUCCGCUCCUGCUGGGCCUCAGCAGGCCCUAGCCUCUCCUAAACCCCCACCACGUUCCCGCUCCUCUCACGCUCUGCCACCUGAUGAAGCCAAGGCAGAGGCAGCCCCAGCUGCACAGACCAAUGGACUGAAUGGAAUCCAAAGAGAAGCACAAUGGAAGCCCGACCCCUUCGACACACUUGCUUCUGAUUUACUCUCCUCUUCCUCAUCCUCUUCCUCAUCCUCCUGGCACACCACCCAGUCCCUGACCAGAGGCUCCUCCCUGCGUGCUCCCCCUGCUGUUCCUGCGUUUAAGUUGUCCUCCGGCACUCUCCCUUCAUCCUUCUCCCUCCAGUCCUCCGCUCUGUCAGACCUGCAGGCAUUCGAUUCGUCCUCUUCCUCCUCACUUUCCACCCCGUCACCGUUCGCCUCCUCCCUGCUCCCACCACCUCCUCCGGUCCCAUCUCGUAGCCGCUCGCAGGAAACACUGCGUGCCUCCCCUGGCCCCCUUCCGGUCGACCCACUUCCUGCGCGACCCAGCAGCACCAAUCCCUUCACAGGCCCACUGGCGCAGCAGCACCAGCAGCGUCGCGCUCUCACCCCAGACUUCAGCGUCCAGCAUCCCGCCCCGAUGCCAAAUAUUCAGAGGACCAUGUCUGCUCUCACUCAGCCACUCAUCCCCACCCUCGCUCCAACAGCGGCCCCUGCUGCUGCACCUACAUCCCAGCUCCAAAGGACCAUGUCCCUGUUUGGUCCACCACCCACUCUGAACCCUACACCUGCUCCUCUGCUCCCCCUUGCCCCGUCUCCUGUCCCUUCCUUGCCUCUGGCACCGCCCUCCUCCAUCCCGCCUGUCCUCGCACCUCGUCGCCAGCCACCUCCCCCAGGAGGCAAACCAACCCAGAAUUGGGUCACUUUUGAUGAUGAUUUGGGUUUUCAACCACAAACCAAAACACCACAAGCCCCUGUCUUCCCUUCAGCUUCCCUAGUGCCCCAGACUCAGCUCUCCCGCUCUGUGUUUGACUCAGAGCCCGACUGGUUAUCCUCCGCCCCUUCAGUAUUCCCAACUCUCCCUCCUCCCAUUCCAACUAGAACUGUACCCAGUAACCCAAAGCUCCCAGAGGGACCCAGUGACGACUGCUUCUUCCCCAGGGAGUCCACAGAAAGAUAGGAUCAUUCUUAAUAUGUAAAGGGCAUAUCCAGAUAUGUAUAGAUCUAUGAUAAAUGUGUAUAUGUAUGUGUUUAUGUACAAAAGAGACAGUAUUUAAGAAGUAAAGACCAAUCCCCUUCUGAAUCACAGGAAAGGAUUUAUAUCUCAACCAGUAACAUGAGAAGUGUAUGAGCCUAAACGUGUGUUCUCACUUUACCACAGAGAUGUCUGCUUGUUCCCUGAUAUUAACAUUUAUUUUAAUAUGAAUCGUUCUGAUGUUUAUUUUUAUUCAUGGCAGCAAACGUGUGCCUGUGUCUACAGUAUAGAGUUAUAUAUAAAGUACAUCUACACAAAUUGUGUGCUUAUUCACCUGUGCAAUAUCAAGACACUUCUGUGUGGCCGUGCAGCACACUGCAUUCAGUGUUCCCUUGCUAUUUGCUACAUUCGCAGACACACUGCGGUUCAUAUCCAUCAUGUUGACUGAGCUGUACAUCAGAGCGGGAUUCUCAGAGUGAAGGGUUAUCUUCUACCCUCUCCGUUUACAUGUAGUAGAAGGCUAUGCACUGCAGGUCUUACAUUUGACCCCAAAAUGGAGUUUGUUUUAUUUUGUGUCAGAGGGGUCCAGAUUGAAACCUCAUAUUGUGCUCUUGCUUUUUUUAUCAUGAAUGUACUUUACGUUGCACUGAGUUUGGUCAUUGCCUCCUUGCUGACACCACAGCACGACAAGGACAGCACGGGUCAGUGUCAUAGCCGGUCAAACUGUUCACUGCCGCAGGACUGACGCUCUGUGAUGUCUUCUCGUCCAGUUGAAAGACACUUUCUUCUCUCUAUUCAGUCAUCAUUCUUUGUCCGUGGGCCGUUAACGCUUCGCUGAAUAUAUUUUGUAGCUCUAUAUCAAAAACCAAUACAUACUGAUUAUGUAUAAAUGUAUGUUUUCAACAUGGAAACUACUCUCUAAAUGUUUGUGAUAACCGUAUCAGUGGUUUGCACAAUGUAACUGAAAUGCACUGAAAGGUUGUAGGUGCUCUCUUUGUUGUAGUCUUUCUCAGAUUGACAGGAAUGAGAGCCUGCGGAUUGAACAGAUGACCUUUCCACCUCUGUAGUGUUUUGAUCCCUCUCAAUUUAUCCAAAGCAUUUAACCACACUAUUGUAAAUUCAGAGAAUGUGUAUACUUCUGUUACUCUUGAGUACGAAGAUGGUGUGAUUUGGGUUCAGUGGACAUGGCGGCAAAGACAAGCCAUACAUAAUAAUACUUUAAGAGGGCACUUUUUAUUUAACUUAAACUUUUGUUUAUUGCAAAAGUGAUGCUUUUAAUUUCUAAGGACAUUUACUCUAAAUAAUCUAUUGUUGAUACUGUGGUGAGAAGUAACGUGUUGUGUUUGAGGUGCAUAUCGUCUCGUCGUGUUUGGCAGUGUUUGUGUCUGGAUGUGAGUGUGUGUAUAGAGUUAAGAGUGGAAUAUCGGAGCUUUUCCCCUUGGAAGUCUUUCAAGUGCACACAGUGUAUUGACUUGACUGAACAAAACGGCCACCGUAUUUACUCUCAUGGCUGCCAAGGGCUGUGGAGUGGCCU